ACAGCCCGCCUGUCCGGUCAGAUUUCCUGCGCUCUCCAGUGAUUCCCACUGCGAGCAGAGCACUCGAAGGCAAACUCACCUGAUUUCUCCCGAUCCUCACCCACCUUGAUCCCCGUCCGUCCUGAUCCUCGUCCGUCCUCCUCCUCAUCCAACCCCGUCCUCGUCUCUUCUUCUCGUCAUCCUCCUCCUCGCCCGUCCUCCUCCUCGCCCUUGACCCUUAUUCCUCGCCAACCCUCGUCCUCAUCCGGUUUGUUCGCUGCAGCUGAGCCAGAGAGGAUCCCUCGCCAGCUGCUGAUGGCGUGGCAGGCACAAGCCAGCAGAUACACCACCCCGGCCAUGGCUGCACCUGUGCCUGCCCACCUGCCGCCCACCAGCCAAGGGCUGCUGGUGCCCCCCCAGCCUGCCCAGCACUACCCUGUCACCUACCACCUGGGACAGGGCAGCGUCUGGCAGGGGGUGCCAGGGACCCUGGGGCAGCUGCUGCAGCUCCCGCCAGGGGUGCAGCUGCAGCAGGUCCCCCAGGUGGUGCAGCUGUCCCCAGGGGUGCAGCUUUGCCACGGGGUGCAGCAGGUCCAGCUGCCCCAAGGGGUGCAGCUGGUGCAGGUCCCCCAAGGGGUCCAGCUGCCCCCUGGCCCUGCUGCAUAUCCACCACCCUACCCCUGGGGACAGCAGCUGGUGACCGGCACCACGCUGGUGCCACAACAGCCCAUGGGGCUGGGGCCAUGGGCUGUGGUCCAAGGGCAGCCCCUGUACCCCGCGGGCUCAUACCAGCCGCCCGUCCCUGCCCGCCCCGGCCCCCCGACAGCCCGUGGCCCCGCGGCUCGGCGGGUGCGGAGCCGCCCUGCGCCCCACACCCUGCCUGACACCAGCAAGGAGCCAGCGGAGGCCUCCGGCAGGGACGGCGUGGCUGCGGAGCUCAGUGUCCCCGCUGCCAUCCCCCACCAGCCCGCCCUGGCUGCACCACCAGAGACAUCCAGUGGGGAGCCCACAGGUGAGUGCCAGGGCUGGCAGAGCCCACGGGUGGGAGGACAAGCUGAGGACAGCUGGUAUCACCCACCUUGGAUGGUUUUGUUUGCUUUGUCAGCAGAGGUGACCACCAAGGCAGCCCUGGGGAGCCCGGGGGGUCUCCCCCAGCAGGAACCACCUACCUGCACAGGGGCUGCUGUCGAGUCGGACCCAGACACCAUGGCCGACGACCAGAUCGCCUGGCUGGAAGCCACCAUGGGUGGGGAUGACGUCCCCGAUGUCGCGGACAGCCCCGACCUGGCCAGCUUCCUCCGUGAGCUCCCUGACCUCUCUGGGGCAGAGAACACCAGCCCCGGAGAGCGAGUGGCGGCGGUGACGCUGGAGGACGGCGAGGACACCAGCCGUGUCCCCAGCUCUCCCAGCAUCCUGACCCAGCCGCUGGACUUCUCCGACCUCAGGGAGCUCGAUGGCUUCUGGGAGCAAGUGGACGACAGCACAUGCUUCCAGGACCAAGUGUCGCUGGCACAGCUCGGGGACAGCGGGGAUGCCGGCAUUACCACCUGUGGCCCCUGCAUGACCGCUGAGGUCGUCGAGGAGCUCCCAGACCUCCCCCAGUACGUGGCAGAGGGCAGAUGUCCCAAAGAGCUAGUGGUGGUGGGGGCGCUGAGGGAUGGUGAGCACACCAUCCCCGAUGUCCCUGACAUCCCCCACUUGACCCCUCCCUCAACAAGCUUCCCCAUCUCUUGGAACACAGGGCAGAGGGCAGCUGCAUGGACAUGGAGGACCCAGUGACAGGGGAGAAGCUGCUCUACGGGGACACCACCUUCCCCGAUGGCCUUGACAGCCUGGCCAGCAGCACCCCUGUCACUGGGGACUUCUGGGAGCACGGCCCAGAGGGUGACAGCCCGCAGGAGCGCCUGGCGACGGCCAUGAUGGGGGACACUGACCCCUUCUGGGGGGUGAUGGCCUCCCCAUCACCGACUCCCUGGGGGUCAUGGGACACUGGGGACAAAGACCUGCAGGUCCCCCUGCCCAGCCCCCUGCCCAGCCCCCGACCUGCGCCCCAGCCUCGCCUGCCCUCCACAGCCCAACUCAUGGAGGAGCUGCAGCGCAGGCAGCUCCGGGUGCUGCUCACCCGCCUGCCCCUGC